AUGGCGUUAAUGCUCCAGUUCGGACCCCGGCCACUGGAGCCUACAGACCCACGUCCCCGACGUCGGUGGUCGCUUCGUCGUUUCAAACCUCAGCUGACAGCCAUGGUGGAGGAUGUCACCACCAAACCUUCAACAAAUGUGAGCGUUGGAGCUCGUAUCGGUAGCAAUGUGGGCAAUACCACUACCAGAAUUACACUGCCGCCAAAGCGGCAUGUGCGCCCCUCUUUCAACGCUAAGCCGCGAGGUCGAAGGCUUCAUCCUCGUGUGCUAGUGCUUGUGGCCCCUUAUCUUGAUGUGAGUCUGGCGCGAUCACUUGCUACUGCUGUGGGAGGACUCAAGGGCCACACAGCGGUGCUUCAUGCUAUUGGCCGUCAAUACCCCCACAUGACCGUGGACGUCGAACCCUCUCAAGUGAUGGCACGACAAUCGGGAGUGACUUGGGACUCAAUCAAAAUAUUCAUGGGCAGAGGGCGUAAAUCGGUACCGUUACUUUUUGGUCCCAGUAAUUGGGGCAUCCGUCGACUUCGAUUAGAGGCACCGACUCCAGAUAUGGUGUUCGAUUUGAGAAGAGUUGCUGAGUCGGUUGACCACCUAGAGUUAGAGGGUUUUAUGCUUGUAUUACCAGGAAGACUUGAGAUCAGCGAGUUAAUGCUCAACAAGUGCCGGACAUUAGAUUUAAUGGGUGAUGGCAACAAAUCUCCCCUGUCUACUUUGGAUGGCGCGAUUCUGGGGCUUGCAUUUAGUGGAAGAAAGUUUGCAGGAGAUGGACUUUCAUGGGAUUGUGUCAUCGAAGCAUCGACAGUCGUGUUGCGAGGUGCCGGUUUAGAUGGACUUCCUACUUUGGUGGGAACUACUGCUCUCAGUCUUGAGUACGGUUAUAUUGCUACCGACGAGCUUGACCUUCCUUUGACCCUCACCAACCUUCGCUUCCAUGUACGAAAUCGUUUUGGCCACUCACAAUUUGGUGGGGCUUCGCUUUGCCAGCUUCAGCGACUUCAGAAGUUGGAUAUAUAUCAUCCACCUUGGAAGAGUCCUGAGGAGCUUCCAGAGAGCCUCGAAACAUUGAUUGUGAAUGAUCACGUUGUUAGUGAAGAAGGAAUACCUGCAACGCUUCACCGUAGUCUUGGACUACUUCGUCUUAAGCGUUGUCGCUUUGAACGGGUUGAUAUGGCUCAGUUUUCUCUCCCGCCAGCCCAAGUGGUUGAGUUUUACCAAUGUCAGAGCGAUGUCGGGAUUGUAAAAGAGGAGGACGUGGCAAACGUGCCACCGGGCUGUUGUAUCAGAUGCCCGGCAUCACUGUCUCGGGUAUCCAGCAUUUCUCAUCCAGCGUAG